AUGAGUUUCGUUACACGCAGAGCUCUUUCCACCCUUAUCCCUCCCAAGGGACUUGGUGCUGCCAAAGAUGCUGCCCGUAUGCAACGUGUAGUUAGCUUCUACGAGAAGCUUCCCCGAGGACCAGCACCAGAGGUCAAGGCCAAGGGAUUGUUGGGCAGAUACCAAGCCAAGUACUUUGGAAAGAACCCAUCAGCUACACCUAUCAUUCACGCCUUGGCCGUUUUGCUUGCUAUUGGUUAUGCUCAGAACUACUACUUCCACUUGCGUCACCACAAGAACAAUGCUCACUAG